UUGGAUUUAAAGUCUUUUUGUUUUGAUUUGAAUUAUUUUGAUUAAUUUGGUUUUUUAAUUGUUUUGCUUUUGUUUUUUUCGUUUAAAGUGAUUAAUUUAAUUUUGGUGAUACUUUGGUGGAACUAUUGGUUAACAUGGAAGAAGAAGACGGGAUGGAUGAUCGAUUUAAAAAAGUGUUAACUGAUCCUCGGUUUAAACGGUUACCAAGUCGAAAGAAAAAAAUUAAAAUUGAUUCUCGUUUUGAGGGGAUGUUUGAUAAGCGAUUUAAUGGUGAACCAUUGAUUGAUAAAAGAGGACGAAAGGUUCAAAAUACCAAGAAUGAUGGAUUAAAAAGAUUCUAUGAGUUAACUGAGGAUGGAGAGAAACCUGGUGUUAGUGAUAUUGGUCGGAAAUUACGUGGUGAGGGUAAUGAUGAAGAUUCAAGUUCUAGCGAUGAAAGUUCAAGUGAAGAAGAGGAAGAAGAAGAUGAAACUGAACAAGCUGGUCAAGUGGAAUCAGAGGUUCCAAGGACUGAGGAAAUAACCUGUCGAUUUGCGAUUACCAAUGUUGAUUGGGAUCGGUUGAAAGCCGUUGAUCUUUUUGUACUUUUAAAUUCAUUUAAACCAAAUGAAGGUGAAAUUGUUAGUGUUAAAAUUUAUCCCUCACAAUUUGGCAAGGAAAGAAUGGAAAAAGAAAAGCUUGAAGGACCAAAAGAAUUGACCGAUAUUAAAUUAGACGAUGAAGAGGAAGAUCCAUACUCAUCAAAUGUUCAAGAUGCCGAUGAAAUAAUUAACCUUGAUGCUCCUUUUGUAUCAGAAAAAUUGAGACAAUAUCAAAUUAAUCGAUUGAAAUAUUUUUACGCUGUUGUUGAAUGUGACAAACCGGAAACAGCGGCAACUUUAUAUGACCAAUUGGACGGAAUGGAAUAUGAAAGUAGUGCAUCAACACUUGAUUGUCGAUUUAUUCCCGAUGAUAUGUCAUUCGAUGAAGAUGAACCCGAUUCCAUUUGUAAUGAGAUGCCUUCUCUCAUUGAUUAUAUUCCGCCAAAUUUUAUCACAACCGCUUUACAACAAACUAAGGUCAAUCUAACCUGGGAUGAGACUGACCCUAAGCGAGCUAAAACUUUACAAAAAGCAUUCACUGAACGAGAUAAAAUCUCUGAUGAUUUAGCUUGUUAUCUUGCCUCAUCAUCAUCAGAGGAAGAAGAAGAAGAAGAAGAUGAUAAUGAUGAUAAUUAUGGUUCUAAUCAAAAUGCAUCUGAUGAUGAGGAUGAAACUGUUUCCCUUCAGGGUAAAAGUGUCCAAGAUCGUAUUAGUAAAUAUAAAGAUCUGUUGAAAAGCGUUGAAGAGGAAGAAGCUGCUGAAGAUGAUGGAGACAUCGACAUGGAGAUAAAAUGGGAACCUGAAUUGGAAAAUAUCGGAAAGAAAAUUGCAGAGAAAAAACAGAAAGAAUCAAUGACCGUUUUCGAAAAGCAAAUGGCCGAAAGAAAAGUUAAAAGAAAAGAGAAUUCGAUUAAAACGAAAACUUGUAAAAAUGAAAUUGACGAUUCAGAGAAUGAACCAGACGAAGACAUGGAAAAUAGUGAAGAAAAUAAUGAAGAUUAUGAAUCCGAAAAUGAUGACAAUCAAGAUGAAGAAUCUGAACAAUCCGAUGAAAACAAUGAAUCAGAUGAAGAUAAUUCUGAUGAUAAAGAUGAACAAGGAGCUGAUGAUUUAGCUCUAUUGGUGAUGGACAAUGAGAAAAAGGAUAAGAAACAUUUUAAUUACGAAAAUUUCGUUGAGAACAAAAAAUCGAGAAGAAAAAUGAAGAAAAAAGAUAAACCCCAACAAGAAGAAGAUAAUUUCGAGUUCGAUGAGGAUGAUCCACGUUUCAAAGCAAUUUACAAUUCUCAUUUGUAUAAUAUUGAUCAAUCAAGUUCACAUUUCAAGAAAACUCAAGCAUAUGAUAAGAUAUUGAAACGAAAAGCAUCAAAAGAUCCUGAUCAAAAGUAUCAUGUAAAAAGAUCAAAGUUGAGCCGUAGAUCUCGAGAUCUUUUGUCAUUUGGGUCUAAUACUUUGUCUGAUUCUUUAUUGGUUGUUAACAAACCCUCGUCUUCCCGAAAGCGACAAAAACGUGAAUUAAACACUACUAAGGUUGAGUGUGAACUUUUACCUGCUAUUCAAAAUUUUCUUGCCAAGGUUAAAGCUGAAGCAAACAAAGGCCUAGAAGAUUGUACUUCAUCUUCUCAAGGGUCAACCUCUUCUUCGGGUUCAUCAGCAGCAUCAACAUCUACUGCCUCAUCUUCAAUCAUACCCUCAGGUUCAUCUUUCCAUUCAGCCUCGACUCAUACAACUACAUCAUCUUCAUCGGGUUCAGAGGAAACUACUUCAUCCUCCGAAGAAGAAUCAAGUCAACAAGUUGAAUUAAACUUAAUAAUUUCUUAUAUAAUGGAGGAUUAUGAUAAUGAUCCUGUUCUCAAUAAAUACAAGUUUCCCACUCCAGCAAGAGGAUCGGAUGCCAAACGAUUAGCAGCUCUUGAUUCAAAGUUUGAACAGGAAAAAGCUUCAAAGGAAUUGAUCAAAAGUGCCUUAUCUGGAAAAUUAGUUAAUAAAAAGAUAAUUUUUGAUAAUCCAGUUUCAAAAAAGCAGAAAAAACCUGAGCCCGAACCUGAACCAUCUCUUGCAAGUAAAAAGCUAUUCGAUGAUUACGAUGAUGGCGAUGAAAACGAAUCAUUUAAAUUGGAUAUUCCCUCAUCAAGAUUUAAUAGCUCAAAAGAUUCUAAAAUAAUUCAACUUCAAUCUCGAUUCGCUCAUGAUCCAAGGUUCAAAAUUGAUGACAAGUUUGUUGAAGAUGACGAAGAUUCCAGUUUUCCUAAACGUGGUGGCAAUAGAGAUCGUAAAACUGAUGAUGAUUCAGAUGAUUUGAACAAGGAGAAGGAAAAAGAUUUGGACAUUCUCGAGGAAGUACUUGGUAAACCAUUAAAGAGAAAAUAUAAACACCCUGAAGAGAAACAAGUGACCAGAUCAAUCAUUAUUCCUCGUUAUGAUCCAACAAAACCCGAAUCACAAAAAUUUAAAAUUCGUAAAGUUGACAAACUUGAACCCUAUCAAUUACCCAAUGAGGAAGAAGAUGAACCAAUGGACAAACCAGAGGUCAGCAAGAAAAGAUUUUACGAAAUUAGUGAAACUUUCAAAAAAGAUUUCGAUGAUGAGCAAAACGAUGGUCAAGCUUUCAGUUUAACCGCAAUGUUUGGUCGACCUGCAGCCGAUAUACCAGAAAUUAGCGCAGAAGUUGGUACCAUAAAAGAGAAACGAAGCAAAUCCCAUGAUACUAAAACCGAUGAUGAAAAUUUCAAAAAAUCGAAGAAAAAAUUUGAAUCAGCUAAACAAUCAAUUGAAAAAGUCGAUUCCAGCAAAGAAGAUUCUGAUUCUGAUUCCAAAGGAAAAAAAUCAAAGUCUAAAAAGAAAUCAAAGGAAAUCCAAUCAAUUGACGAAAAGAAAUCCAUCUAUGAAUCUAGUGGUGAAAGAAAACCAAUUGAUUUAAAAUCAAUUAAAUCAAAUAAAAGUAAAGUCUCCAAUCCAUUGUUGAAAUAUGAGCGAUUCUUUUUCGCCGAUAACGAUGGACGAUUGACCAGUAAUUCCUUUUACAAUGUUGAUCGAAUCAAAACUCACACAUCAUCUUGGAAAGAAAAGAAAGUCGUCAUGUCAACAGCUCUCACCAAGAAACGCCGACAUUUCAAGCACGUUUCCAAAUUGAAAUCAGCAUUGGAAACGGGAGAUUCUCGAGACAAAGAUUUACGAACUAAAUAUCGAGUCUACAAGGAGACAACGAAGAAACAUUGAUUUAGUUUCUCUCUCUCUCCCAAUUGUAUCUAAUUGUGAUAAUCAACAAUUAAACUUUGCUCAUGUAAAAAGCAAUCAUUUAAUUUUUUUUUGUAUUACAAUUAGUUCUCAAAGGGUUUAUCAAGGUUUAAUUACAAUUAACAAUCAAGGUUUAGGUAAGCCGUUUUCAAGCUUCCUCGUUUAACUAAAUUAAACCUUGAUGAAAAUAAUUUUGAAUUAAUCAUCAUCAUCAUCAUCAUACUACACUUGAGGCAAUUAAACAAACAAUAUUAACUAAGAAAACAUCAAUGUAAACUAUUAAAUCUUAAAUACCUUCAAUUGUAAUUAACCUUCCCGAUAAAUUAAUCAACAACGACAAAGUUUUUGCUAAACUUUCCUUGGGUAGAAAAUUAUAAUUCUCAUAGAAAUUAAGUAAAUUAUUCUAAUAAUAA